CUGGGCAAGCAGACCGUAUGGAAAUGGAUCUGGACAUGCCGGGUCCUGUUCUGACCCACCUGGAGCAGGUGAACAGCGUGUCGGGUCAACUGUACUAUGAGAGGGGUCAGAACGGGGUGUUGGGGAACGGCUCGGCUACAGGGAGGUGGAGGGACCAGGAAGCAGUCGGCUCACGACCAACCAGCGCAGCCUACCUGUACUCCUCGUCACACUCCCACUCUGGCCCGCUCCGUGUCCUGUGGUCCCAGGAUAUGAGGUCAGAGGUGUUUGUUCACAGCUUCCUGUUCUGGAUGGAUGUGGUGGAGCUGGUGCGCGUGGCGGGGAUUCCAGAUGUGUUUUACUCUGGCUGGGUGUUUGCUGUCUACAUCCUGGCAUUUCUGUCCUGUCUCCGUCUGGCAGUGACACCUCACAGCGCUCUACUGCCAUCAGCUGGCUUUUUCCUGCAGGACCUGCCUUUCCUGCUGCUGCGCCUCGCUCUGAUCUCUGUCCACGGCUACAUCACACCGCUGCUUUACCCAAUGAAGAACCUGUUGGUCUGCCUGACAUUCACCUACUUCAACUUCCUGACCAAGCUCCACCUCUUCCGCAGAGAGAGCAUGUUCUAGUCUUGCCCACCAGCCAGCUCUCUCUGUCGAGACGUCUGGUUUCACAACGCCUCAGAACUGGACUUGACGGGGAGUCUAUGGCAGGAGCAGUGAAAACAGGAGUGGUGUAAAGUACUUUUUGGGUAUCUGUACUUAUAUUUACUAUUUAUAUUUUUGACAACUUUUACUCCACUACAUUCCUAAAGAAAAUAAUGUACUUUUUACUCCUUUCAUUUUCCCUGUCACCCAAAAGUACACAUCACAUUUUGAUUGCUUAGCUGCACAGGAUAAUUGUCUAAUUCACACACUUAUCAAGAUAACAUCCCUGGUCAUCCCUACUGCCUCUGAUCUGGCAGACUCACU